AUGACAUCAAGUAGAUUAAUUGAGAAAUCAAAAAAAAAAGAAAAAAAAGUAUUGUUUGAAGAAUGUAACAAGAAAUUUGCAAGCAAAAAAGCUCUCCUCUCCCACAACAAAGACAAGCAUGGUUAUAUUCCUGAAGGCUGGAAAAAAGCACCGGAAUUCUGUAAUCCAUACAUCACCAAAGAAUGUGGCAAAUCGUCAAACAAAGUUACAAACGGAAAUAGUUUUGAAUUAUUCAAACAAUUAUACACGGCUGAGGUGGAAAAGCAUAUUUUAGAAAAAACUAAUUUAAAAUGUGCUGAAUUGAAAAAACCUGAGGUUACCUUGCAGGAAUUGAACUAUUAUUUUGCGAUUACUUUUACAAUGGGGCUUAUCAAAAUGCCGGAGUUGGCACAUUAUUGGACAAAGAGUACUACCGUAGUUGAUUAUGUUAUGGAUUUGGCCAAGAAACUUCCAAAUUACAACACAAGAAAGUACACAAUAAUUACUGAUCAAUUUUACGGAAGUUUGACAUUAGCAGAGCAAUUGAAACAAAACAACUUUGAAUUUGUAUUGAGUUGCCAAAGUAAUCGGUCUUCCGAAAUAUUUUCCAAUUAUUUGCAACCGGAUCUCAAACAGAAAGGAGAUCAAAGCUUUAUUGUUAGAAAUGAUAACGCUUUUGCAGCACUCUCAGUGUUUGAUUCUGGUAAAUGUAAUUUUAUGGCGUCUGUUGGGUCCACUUCAAUUCCAAGAGAAGAAUUAGAACGUGUCAAAGCCAAAGGGUCUAACAAAACACCAAGAUGUGACAUUUUACGAUUUUAUAACAUGAACAUGGGAAGUGUUGAUUCAUUUGACGCUGCAUUGAAUUUGUACCAUUUUCGAAGUAGACAUAGAAGUUGGAAACGAUGCAUGUUUUUUGCAAUGAUGAAGACACUUGUGGUUGGUUCUCACAAAUUAUAUCAAUAUUUCCAUAUGGGACCCAAUAACCGAAAGCCUCAACAAUUAGGCCAUUUGGUUGCCAUUAUUUACAGCCUUAGUAAUCGACAACCUCGGUAA